AUGCAAAGCAUUUAUUCUUCAUUUUUCACAACUGAUACACGUGAUGUUAUUAUUUUAAGAGUCACUCUUGAAUAUAGUAUUAACGUAAGAAACACAAAACAAAAUUUUUUAUUCGAAUUAUUAAUUGUUUUUUAUUCUAAACAACAUCAUCGUGUGAUAUGUAAGGAACAAAAUACAUUUGAACCAAAUAAACUAGUCAUUAAUCAAUACGAUCAAGUUUGGUUUAAUUCCAUAUCAAUGACAUUUACCAAUAUCUAUCAAAUAGAUCAAUAUGGAAAUCAUUUAAAAGAAAAUAAACAACUAUUUCAAUCACAAUUGAAUAAUAUGAAUAAUUUUAUGCCACGAUUUCGACAAACUGAAAUCUAUUAUUUUUCUAAUGUUAUUAAAGCUAAUGAUAGAAGAAAACCAUGUGCGUAG